UCUUGCUUGGGGAUGAGGCCUUUCCCCUAAAACCCUACCUCAUGAGGCCAUACCCGAGGAAAAGCCUCAUCCCAACAGCUGAGGAAAGACAGCAGUCUGCAGCUCGCCCUUCGACCAGCGCUCCCCAAGCUGGUGACCCAGUAGACGAGCAACUGCCGGACGACGACGCUGGAGACCUAUCCGACAAUGAUGAAGCCAACAGAAAGGAGCUGCGGCGUCGGCGCAAGAUUUUUAACUAUCGCCUCAGUCGUGGCCGGAGAGUAGUAGAGAACGCCUUCGGCAUCCUUGCCCAAAAAUGGCGCAUCUUGAGAAGACCCUUCCGAGCCAACGAAGAAAAUACAGACAAGAUUGUUGCGGGAUGCGUUGUGCUCCACAACUUCCUUUUAAAGGAUUCGGAGAUAUCAGCCACAUCGUACUGCCCUCCCGGCACAGCUGACCAUGAAGACUGGGAAGGACGGAGCGUCAGUGGCAGUUGGAGGGGCGAUACUGACAAUGAGAACGCCACACUUCAAGCCCUCCCCAGGACUGGCUACAAUUCAACCAGGGAAGCCUACAGGGUGCGGGCAAAGCUCACCCACCACUUCGUGAACGGAGGAGCAGUCCCCUGGCAGGACACCAUGGUCAUGGGACCUAGUGGAAACUAAUGAAAAGAACUGCUGUUACAAGUGAUUUAUUUGUUCUUUGUUCAGGACUCCGCCUCUUGCCUACAGAUGGCUUCCAU